UGUUGUAUGUUGGCUUUUUAUACCUGCACAUACAAUUUUAUUCCAACAACCAACUUUAUCAAACAUGUUUAUUUAAGAGCCAAUAGUAAAAUAACCAACAUAAAAAAAAACCAAUACAAAUAACUGGUUAGAUUAACUCUAGGAAAACAACCAGCAGCCAACAACCAACAACCAAUUUCCAAACAAGGCCAUAAUGUCUUGUUUUAACAAAGGUAGGUGAGUAAAAUAUUACCAAAUGGGCCCUGUUCUUUUGACUUUUUAGCAAGUAGAGCAGAGCAACUAAUUCUUACUUAGCAUAGCUGAAUAGAGUGAAGAGAGCAAAACAGAUUUUAAUGGAGCAGAAAAGAAUAGGGCCUAACUUGUUUAAUAUCCAUGCGAACACGAUCCGUAAGACCGCAACUCAAAAAACAAAAAAAAAAAAAGAAAAAAAAAAAAAAAAAAAAAAAACAUACAAGUACUAGUGGGGAAGUUUAUCUGCUUGGGUCGCAACUCGUUCCUUUAGACCGACCAGGGAAUGAGCUUCGCAGUGACAACUCCGCCAUUGCCACUCCAUUUCAACUCCUCUUCCAAUUCUUCGGUGGCCAAAUCUUGCCUUUAAACCCGACAAUUCCAACCUAUAAAUGGCGGCUUCUCAUUGCUUAUGAUGGCACCAAUUAUGCUGGGUGGCAAUAUCAAGCAUCACCACCGACAGUGCAGUGUGCCAUAGAAAGGGCAUUGAUCAGAAUCACAAAUUUAGAUCGAAAGGAUCUAAAUGUAGUUGGUGCAGGCAGGACUGAUACAGGAGUGCAUGCUUGGGGCCAGGUUGCACAUUUUGUCACACCUUUCAACUAUGAUUCGUUGGAUGAAGUUCAUGCAGCAUUAAAUGGUCUUCUCCCAUCUGACAUACGUGUGAGGGAGCUAAGCCCUGCAUCGACAUUGUUCCAUGCCCGUUUUUCUGCUAAGGGAAAGAUUUAUCGUUAUAGCAUUUAUAAUGGUGCUGUCAUGGAUCCAUUUGCGCGUUCUUAUGCAUAUCAUAGCUUAUAUAAACUCAAUGUUGCUGUCAUGGCAGAGGCUGCAAAGUAUUUUAUUGGAAAGCAUGACUUUUCAGCCUUUGCUAAUGCAAUUCGUAAUGACCGAGUACGGGAUCCUGUCAAGACUAUAUCUCGAUUUGAUGUCACUGAAAGGGGACCUCUUGUGGAGCUAGAAGUUGAAGGCUCAGGUUUCUUGUAUAGACAAGUUCGAAACAUGGUUGCGCUGUUGCUUCAAAUUGGAAGGGAGGCGAUUCCACCUAAUAUAAUCCUUGAUAUCUUGGGAACAAGAGAUCGUAAAGAAUUGGCUAAAUAUGCCUUAUCUGCACCACCUCACGGGCUUAGUCUAAUAUCAGUUAAUUAUAAUGAAGAGCAUCUGCAGCUUCCAUCAAAUUGCCCUCCAGUGAGUUUGGGUAGGCGUAGUACUGUAAGCAAAUAUUUGAGCAAUGAGCUUCUAGAGUAAAAGCAAGGCUGCUAAUUUCAAUCUAGUCUUGAUGCAUGUGAGAUAUAUGGAUUAGAUAAGAUGGGGUAAAAAUAAUUAUGUUGAUCGAUCUAUGCCCAUCUGUUCCUCCCUAUCCGACCUCCUGUUGCCUCCACUCCGCCCAUCAAACAUUUUGCAUUUUCAACAACUUUACAUUCUUCAGCAAAAGUCCUUGGGGGCUUAAAAGGGGGUCGUGUGGGAGCGAG